GACGUGUUUGUCAGCUGACUUCACUGGAACGUGCUAGCAAAUGGACACUGUGCGUUUGUUUCUCAUAUUUAAACAAGAUGCUCAAAAAAUUUAUGUCCAUCGUGUUUUAUAAUGUUAUAAUGUGGUUGAGUAAAAAAAAUAGUGGUUGCUAAUGCAGGUAUAAACCCGUUUUGGUCGUCACCGAGAGGGUUAGUUGUUUAUAUAAUGUUAGAAAGUAGAUUUUCCAAGUAGUUGACAUCAUUGGUUAAAUUAUAGUGAAGGAAAUUGGUAUCUACGAACGUUUUGUUUGAUUUGUGAAGCGUUCGUGUUACCGUGCUGCGCAUGCGAACCACGAGCAGCAGCAUAUGUAUCCUGUAAAAUCUGACAUGUGUGCUGCUGGAGGGAAGCAGAGUCUGCCUAACUGCAGAAGAGGACUUGGUUUCAUUCCCUGCUGAAUGAGCUUGUGGCUGCAGGCAGAAAAAAAGCAAUCGCUUCCGAGCCACUGAGAAACGGGCAACACAGGAUUAGAAAACAAGCCCAUCAGUUCCCCGGUCAGCCGAUUCGAGAGCUAACGGCACAGAAGCUAAAAAGCUAGCGCUAACCUGAAAUGGCGACGGCAAUAUACUUGGAACAUUACCUUGACAGCAUUGAAAACUUGCCAUGUGAGCUACAAAGAAACUUCACUCUGAUGAGGGACCUCGACAAUAGAACUGAAGAAAAGAAAAGUGAGAUUGACAAAUUGGCUGAAGAUUACAUAACAAAUGUGAAGAACCUGGCUUCAGAACAAAGAGUGGAACACCUGCAGAAAAUCCAAAAUGCUUACAGCAAAUGCAAAGAGUUCAGUGAUGACAAAGUCCAGCUUGCAAUGCAAACAUAUGAGAUGGUGGACAAACAUAUCCGCAGACUGGAUGCAGACCUGGCACGUUUCGAGAAUGAGCUGAAGGAGAAGCUGGAAGUGAGCGGCUAUGAAAGUACAGAGGGAAGAGCAGUGAAAAAAGGUGAUUCCCGGGGGAUGAGAGAAAAACGUAGCUCCAGGGGAAGAGGAAGAAAAGGUUCUGAUGAAGAUUCUCCCAAAAAGAAAAAGAUGAAAAACAGCCCAGACUUGAGUGACACGCUCCUGCCUAUGCAGCCGUCUGAUGUUUUGGAUAUGCCUGUUGAUCCCAACGAGCCUACGUACUGUCUGUGCCAUCAGGUGUCAUAUGGAGAAAUGAUUGGAUGUGAUAAUCCAGAUUGUCCAAUUGAGUGGUUUCACUUUGCUUGUGUCGAUCUCGCCACCAAACCCAAAGGAAAAUGGUUUUGUCCAAGAUGCACCCAAGACCGGAAGAAAAAAUAAGUCUUUUAUUUGUUUGUUUGUUUGUUUUUUUGUGUUCUAGAAAUUAUUAGCUAAUGUAUGCAUUUUUGUGUAAUCUAAUAGCGUGAAAAUAUAAAUAUAUGUAUAUUAGAUCCUUUAACUUGCCAUAUGAAUGGUCACACAGCCUUAUCCGGAUUUGGAGUAUAGCUACACUUGGCACCAUUAUCCCUCUCCAUUGGCUUUACUGUAUCUUUUAUUGUAUUUUACGACAGCUGUCUUUUACCAAAAGCACUAGGAUGAUUAAUGCACAUAUAUUUUAUUGUGUGCAGUCUUGGUAAUUGAGUAAAAUUUAAUUUUGUUUAAUGCCAUAGACCGUGUAUCUGUCAAUUCUAAUAUACCCAUCAAUCCUGGAUUGUGGCUUUCGCAUACUUGAAAUAUCAGUUUUAUAAAGAAAUAUUUUUAAACAAAUGAACAGCCUGCUGAGGAUAGAAUUUUAAACACCUGAAUCCCUUGCCAAAUAAUGGUGGCAAAAGGAAUUAUGUGUCAAAUUUUAAGUUACUACCUCCUUAGGGAAUGCAAUGGCACUGUAUACAUAAAUGACUGCAGUUGAUACCGAUGUAAAAAUUAUUAUCUUAAACCAAAUAAGAGAAGUAUAAAUUAUUUUAUCAAUCAAAAAGACAUACUGCGACGUCUUUGAAUGUAAUAUGGUACUAAUGGUCAGUCAGUCAGUGUCUGUUGUUAACUGAAUGAGGUAUUUAAGCACUUUCAAUGAAAACUUCCCCUGAUGAGAUUUUGAAAUGCAGAGUUGGUUUUAUGAUAUAGAUAAUCUCAUCUAAACAUUUGCUAUAAUACAUCUCAAGUCCUAAGUGGAAUAUGAUAUAUAUUCAUCUGAGACAUGAGAUGUCAACAAUAUUUUGGCAAAUUCUUUUUCCAAAGAUGUAUUUGUUGUACUUAAUUGUGAACUCUCAAAUUUUAUUUAAUAGGAAUUAAGUAGCUUCUUUCAUAUUCAACUGUGAAUGUCACUCAUUUAGGUGUAUGCCACAUAUAAAAGCCAAAGUCUUUGUAUUUUUUAAAAUUAAGUAUUUUAUAACAAAUAAAUAUUCACCAUUAUCCAUG